AUGCUGAGAAUACUGGGAUUUAUUGUAGCUGGUGCGGAACUGACAAGUGAACAAACCACCCUGCUACCAUUGAAGAUGUUGGAGGGAAAUGAAUCCAACAAGGAGUCUGUACUUUUACGAAAACCGUUGCAAUACGAGGAGUUACUUGAUAGUUUGUUUAAUAACAGCUAUAAUCUAACAAACUUUACCAGGGAUGAUUGGGAGGCACCCACCUUUAUGACAAUACUUGUGCCAACGGUGUUCUCCAUAAUAUUCAUGAUAGGAAGUGUGGGCAAUAUAUUCACUAUAUAUAUUGUUACAAGAAGAAUUAAACUCAAAAGCACAACCAGUGUGUAUAUACUGAGUCUGGCGUGCGCCGAUCUUCUCUUCGUUAUUACCAGUCCUCUCUUCGCUGCAGAGUUCUUACUUGCACCGGAAUAUAAAUUUGGCGAGAUCGGCUGUCGUUUAAUCGAUGCAAUGGAUAUAAUGACAAUGCUGGCGAGCGUAUUCACUUUAACUGUUAUGAGCAUCGACAGAUUCUUCGCUGUCGUGUUCCCUUUAAAGACCAUGGCGUACAGACUACGUGCGGUGGCUUCCUACGUUAACAUCGCCGUGUGGACCUUGAGUUUUGUCUUUUCGUUACCAAUGAUUAUUAUGGCAAAAGAAGGUCCCUCUCGCCUAGCCGACGGGUCUGUCAUACGAAGCUGCCAGAGCCUGAUGGACGACGAGUUCGACAAACUGUAUAAAACUACCAUUUUCAUAUUUGCGUUUCCCAUCCCGUUUGUCAUCAUACUGGUGUGCUACAUUACAAUCGCUGUGACAUUGCUUUCCAAAGGAGGUUUGACUGCCAUUGCUGAGACUAAUAAGUCCAGACAAUCAAAGCAGCGCGUGGCUAAAAUGGUACUCAUUAUAGUGAUAGUAUUUUUUGUGUGUUGGUUGCCGUUUUGGACCAUGAUGAUGUUAGCGGUGUAUGGAAUGAUCGAAUGGAGUCAAUCACUCUUCUAUGUCAAUUUCACGUUGGUCUGCAUAUCGUACAGUAACAGUUGUGCAAAUCCACUGCUAUAUACUUUACUCAGCCAUAACGUACGCCGUAAAUUAAGAAUGAGAGGUACUUCCACAAUGGGGAGUGAGAGGAUCAGUGAAGCUAACACCACGCAUUUGCAUCGAAAAAGUAUUCGGGGCAAGUCGUAUUAA